GGAAGGGGGGAGGGGCGGCGCAUGCGCACGGCCGGCCGCGGCGGAGGCGCUGCUGACGGAGGGACGGACCGAUUGACUGACCGACGGGCAGCAUAGGCAGACGGACGGACAGGAAGGCGCCCGGGCUUCUCCAUUCUCUCAGGGGAGGCGGCGGUGGUGGUGGUGGCUGCUGCGGCGGCGGCUGCUGCUGCUGCUGCUGGGCAGCGCGGAGACUUCCUCUAGCCGUCGCCUGACGCCUGCUGCUCGGCGGGAUCCCACAGCCCGGAUAUGGCUCGUGGACAGCAGAAGAUCCAGUCACAGCAGAAAAAUGCCAAAAAGCAAGCUGGACAGAAGAAGAAGCAAGGCCAUGAUCAGAAGGCUGCAGCUAAGGCAGCUUUAAUAUACACAUGCACUGUCUGUAGGACACAGAUGCCAGAUCCCAAGACAUUCAAACAGCACUUUGAGAGCAAGCAUCCGAAGACUCCACUCCCUCCAGAACUGGCGGAUGUUCAGGCAUAAAGUCCACAGGUGAAUUCAUGGAACCUGAUUAUUCUUCUGCGAUCAGACAUUGCAUAACAAAUCUGCAGCUGCUUUUCUAACAAACUGUUGAUCAACAAAAAAUGAAGGGGCUAUAGAAACAUUCAUAUUUUUAUGCUGUUCCUCUUGGGCUUUAUGUAAAGACAAAUCUAUGUAACUGUACAGUUGUGCCCUACUUGGAAAUCUAAAAAUUGGUUCAUUCUUAAAUUUUUUACAGUUGUAAUUAUAUUGAUGUUCAUAUUGUGUAAAAUAACUCAUUUAAUAAAAUAGUACUUUGAUUUUACAAUAUCACAGGUCAAAUGCUUCUAGAAGUUCUCUUUUCAGUAUCUUUGUUUUAUUUGCCUUAUAGAAUCAUAACAAGUGGACUUCUCCACCUGCCGAAAAGCAGUAUCAUUGUUCUAACACCAUUGUUGUUAAGAGUCCACAUUAACUAGACCAUUGUUUCUCCAUUCAACAUGCUACUUGCUUUGAACUUGAUUAUUUUCUACAACUUAAUAUCUUUGACUAAAGAAAUAAGUUCUUUCAUUGUAGUUUUGAGUGCCUGUUCUACUGGCUAUUAUGAUUUUUCACUCUUAUAUCUUAAUGAGCUUUUAACUUGGAUUCAUGCACUGGAGUCAUCUGCAGUACCUGUAAAUCAUCAUGUCAGGUGGUAGACUGGUGGAUGUAUAGUAGAACUGAACUUGUUUUUCCUUUGGCCUAAACAGUCACAUGAACGCUGAAAUAAUUAAUCUCUGUUGUCAAGUUUGGCUGUGUAAGUUUAAAUGCAUCUAUGGGAAGUCAGCCACACUGGCUACAUAAAUGUGUAAAAAUGACUACUGUAAUCAUUUCUGUUUGAAAGCCAAGUGUUGAAUAAGUCUGUUUGAAUGAACAGGGUGGCACAUGAAGUAAAAUGAUGACUAAUUAA